AGUAACUGUGGGGAAAAGAUACGUAUUCGUCGUGUGCUGAUGAACUCUCCACAGAUCAUCACCAUUGGCUUGGUUUGGGACUCGGACCAUUCUGAUCUGGCUGAGGAUGUGAUUCACAGUCUGGGCACUUGCCUUAAACUGGGAGAUCUGUUCUUUAGAGUAACUGAUGACAGAGCAAAACAUUCAGAGCUGUAUUUGGUGGGAAUGAUCUGUUACUAUGGAAAACACUAUUCUACCUUCUUCUUCCAAACGAAAAUCCGCAAGUGGAUGUACUUUGAUGAUGCUCAUGUCAAAGAGAUUGGUCCAAAAUGGAAAGAUGUUGUGACAAAGUGCAUUAAGGGUCACUAUCAGCCUUUGCUGCUGCUGUAUGCAGAUCCAAGAGGAACUCCAGUGUCAACACAAGACUUGCCCCCUCAAGUGGAUUUACAGCAAUAUAGCAGGACUUGCUAUGAUAGUGAAGACUCGGGGAGAGAACCUUCCAUCUCAAGUGAUACCAGGACAGAUUCCUCUACAGACAGUUAUCCUUGUAAACAGGCGCACCAUGAGUCUGUAGUCAGUCACUUCUCCUCUGACUCGCAGGGGACGGUCAUCUACAAUGUGGAAAAUGAUGCAGCUUCACAAAGCAGCAGGGACACAGGGCACCUGACCGACAGUGAGUGCAAUCAGAGGCAUGUUUCCAAAAAAGGCUCACUGGCAGACCGCAAGAGGAGUUCUAGCCGGUCUCGGCGAAAAGGAGAUGAGGCUCAGUCAUCAGGAUACCAUAGUGAAGGAGAAACCUUGAAGGAGAAACAAGCCCCCAGAACUGCCUCCAAACCAUCCAGCAGCACCAGCAGGCUGAGGGAAUUUAAAGAGACAGUGAGCAAUAUGAUCCACAGCAGACCACAGCAGAUUUCUCAAACCAUCCAGAGUUUGCCUCGUGGAGGGAGUAGUGUGGAUCAGGCAGAAACACGACCCUCAAAAAGCCUAUCUGCACACUCUCGAGACUGGGAAGUGGAGAGUACUAGUAGUGAGUCUAAAUCCAGUUCAUCUAGCAGGUACCGGCCAACCUGGAGACCCAAAAGAGAGUCUCUGAAUAUAGACAGCAUCUUCAGUAAAGACAAGAGGAAGCAUUGUGGCUACACUCAGCUUAGCCCCUUCUCUGAAGAAGCAGGUAAAGAGCUUAGUGAGAAUGAGGUGAAGGAACAUGCUAUUCAAGAAACAAGAUCAAGCCAGUCAAAUGUCGGAUAUAAGCGUGGUGUGCUAGGCCGCAGCACCCAGCAUCAUAUGGUGGAUCAACAUCCUCAUCUAAUACAGAGGAUGGAGUCUGGCUAUGAAAGCAGUGAACGCAACAGCAACAGCCCAGUUAGUCUGGACAUGCCCUUGUCUGAAAGCUCAAGCACUCACAGGGACGUUCAUAUGAAGCGAGCAGGUGGAUUAGUUCCUGCCUGGCGUAACAUCCCAAAGUCUCACAGUAGCAGCAUCUUGGAAGUGGAGUCUGCUUCCUCAAUUGGGAGCUGGGCAAACAGCCCCCACACCAUUGGAAAUGGUGGGGAGAUGUUUGUCCCUUUAAAGAGUGAACUGGAUGAAUUGCAAGAGGAGGUGGCAAGGAGAGCACAUGAACAAGAGCUACGCAGAAAAAGAGAAAAGGAAAUGGAGGCAGCAAUGGGCUUUAAUCCCCGUCCCAGCAGGUUCAUGGAUCUAGAUGAACUGCAGAAUCAGGGGAGGAGUGAUGGCUUUGAGAAGUCGAUGCAGGAGGCAGACUCAGUCUUUGAAGAGUCGCUGAAUCAGGAGCAGAAGGGGGAUUGUGCUGCAGCUUUGGCUCUCUGUAACGAAGCUAUAUCUAAACUAAGACUUGCCAUGCAUGAUGCCAGCGCUAGCACUCACAGCAGAGCCCUAGUCGAUAAGAAGCUGCAAAUCAGUAUCCGAAAAGCCCGGAGCCUCCAGGAUCGCAUGCAGCACCAACAGCCAUCGCAGCCGCUGCCGCCGCCAGCCUCCCACCCACCACAGGGCGGCACCAUGGCCCAGUCUACAAGUGAACAGACUGGCCCGCUCCAAGUACUGCUGAGCCAGGAGGUACCACUGGAACCCAACAAAGAAGUGGAAUUUGGGUCCAGUUCUUUCUUCCACCCACCUGCUUCCUGCCAUGAAUUGCACUCAUCAUUAUAUCCAGAGUCUUCCUCCUUGCCCCCUUCUGAAAGCAAUCCAUCCAACAGGAUCUCUCCAAACUUCCAGUCUGCUUCUGCUGAUUUUCAUGACCAAGUUCCCUCUUUUCCCUGUAGGCAAGGGUUGGCAGAGAGGUCUGCAAGAACUGAGAAUGAUGCCCACCAUGGUGUGGAAUUUGCUGACACCACAGCCACAGGGCCAAAAGACUAUAGGGAAUGCUGCAGCAGCAGCAAGUUAGAAGAGGUCCAUAACAUAACGCCUAUUCUCACACCUCAAUACAAAUCCAAGGCUAACACAGUAAACUCUGGGUCUUUGCCUACACUGUUUCCCUGUCCACAUCUACCACAAGCAGCAUCUUCUGAAAAGGACAGCCAGCACAGUCCUUGUUCCAAACUUGCAAGCUCUCCAGUGCAGCCCAGCAUUGAUCAUUUAGGGGCCUAUCAUGCAAUGACCCCUGCAACUUCAUCCCCUACACAGCAGUGCUCCUUGGAUCCUUUGCAGAAAACAAAUAAGUACUCCAGAGCCAACAGCCAUGAGAUUUUAUUACCCUCACAGGAUGAAUAUGGCACAGCAAAAGGUUGCAAAUCUGAGGCUUUUAGUACAAAGGGAUAUGUUCGCUCCUUGGCAGAGCAGUUUCAGAAAAUGCAUGCAGUCUCCCAGAGAAAAGGUACUCAUGAAAAAGGCUGGAUUGCUGCAGUGUGUCAGGAUGAGAAGUCUCCAAAGUUAACACAAAAAUGUUUCAUCAGCCCUUCAUCCUCUGAUUACAGACAGCUAAUCCAUCAAAACCAAGAGAACAAAAACCAAUCUUCUGAAAAAUUAUGCUCAACCUUGGAUAUUAGGGACGGGGUAGUUUCUUUGGAGGGUUUUAGUGCCCAACAUGUUGUUUCUAGGAGUAUUUGUUCUCACAGUGAAGAGCUGUGUAGAAGAGGUGGACAGAAUAUAGCAGACCCUGCACCCUACCUGGAAAGGCACUGUCAUGAUGGAGGAAUGAAACAGGUGGAUGAUGGAACUACUAGUAGCAUGAUUGCCUCUAUGCCUGUGGACCGUUGGGUGGAUAAUGUUACUAGGUAUUACAGUUCUCAGAAGGCUAAUAAGGAUACUGAAUGGCUUCCUGUACCUGGGAGGAGUCCACCCCUUUCUGAUCAGAGAGCAGUUGGAGAUGACUUGAGCAGGAUCCCAGUACAUCUGCAUCCACAGUGGAAUCAAGACACAGAACAGGAGCUCUCAGAACUGGAAUCCCUCUAUCAGACUAGUCUGCAGGCAUCUCAGGCCACUAGGCCUUUCUUGGGAAGACAGGACAGUGCUAGGUAUCCAUUUGACCAAUCAG